CUCAGUCUAGAUCGAGUAGGUAGAAGCCCACUGAUCUACUCCACUUAGCAUUGUACUCCAUCCUUGUCCAUGGAAACUCACCCCAACUUCCAUGCUAGUCCAUUCGAUGGGUCCGUGGAAAACACUGAGUUUAAGUUCAGUAGCUUGUACCUGCACCACAUUUUCAGUGGAUCAAACCCAACCCAAGCAAACAUCAUAGUUGGAGAUGCUACCACUAAGUUGGGCAGGACAUCAGUUCACGACUGGGCCAUAUAUGAUGGGGUUGGCACCGACGCCAAGCUAGUGGGCCGUGCACAAGGGCUGCAUAUCAACGCUGGUAGUUGGCACAAUACGUUCACCAUUCGAUUCGAGAUUGAAAGGUUCAAGAAGAGCACACUUCAGGUAAUGGGAGAAUCUGUAGCCCAAGAAGGUGAGUGGGCUAUUGCCGGUGGGACAGGUGAACUCGCAAUGGCAUGUGGUGUUAUACACAAAACAUGGCAUCAGGAAACAGAUGGUGGUACCAUAAUCCAACUUAACAUCCAUGGAUUCUGCCGCAUGAAGCUACCCAUUCUCACAAAGAGUGGCCCCUGGGGUGGCAAGGAGGGUUCUGCUGUUGGCAUGGAAAAACCCUCCAAGAUUGCAAGUAUCGCCAUCCACUAUCAAGAAAGAAUUGAUUCAUUUGAAUAUAAUUACUUUGACCAAUAUGGCAACAGCCGUUACACAAAUAUUUGGGGCACUAAGAGUCCCAAUCGCGCAGAGAUUGUGUUGGGCCCUGAAGAAAUUGUGACCGCAAUGUCUGGAACUGUUAUCGAACAUAAUAAUAUCAAUGUUAUACAGACACUGAAGUUUACCACUAACGAAAGAACAUACGGACCUUAUGGAAAUACUGAAAAUAUACAAGGUGGUACAGUACACAAUUUCAGCGCUGUGAUGCCAAAUGGUCAAGCAAUUGUUGGCUUCUUUGGGCAUACUGAUAUGACAUGCUUGAAUGGAAUAGGUGUUUACGUAGCCUAGGACAGCUACAUUGAAAUGACUAUGGGCGUGUUUGGUUCCCUGGGGGCAUCCAACUUGCAUCACAUGAGGGAGCUUAGCUUAGGUUGGCCUCGUUGAGCUGAUGCAAAGAGCAAUUGAGAUGUAUGUUUGGUGUACUACUCCCUCCGUUCGGAAUUACUUGUCUCGGAAAUGGAUGUAUCUAGAACUAAAAUACAUCUAGAUACAUCCAUUUUGGCAACAAGUAAUUCCGAACGGAGGGAGUACAUGAUAUGGCCCAGGCUCA